CCCGGGCCAACCCCGGGAGUCGGGAGGGGUCGGGUAUGAGGAGCAGAGCACAGCGGAUGGCCUCGCUCCCGGCCUACCGGGGAGGUCGCUGCCCCCUAUAACCUACCAGGCCUCUCGGGGCCGAUCUGCCCUCGGCACCGCCACAUCGGGCCUAAUAUGGCCGCUCGUGCUGGGACUGGCCGGGUGCGCAGAGAGCCCGACCGAGGUCGGGGCCAGCGACUGCUCCCGGCAUUCCUCGCGGGCGUGGCGUGGGCUCCCUUCCCCCAUCUCCAGGUCCCGCGAGAGGGAGACCCUCGGGCUUUGAGGUAGAAUGGCCCAGGGCUUGAUUGAGGUGGAGCGGAAGUUCGUUCCUGGGCCUGGCACAGAGGAACGGCUGCAGGAGCUGGGGGGCACCCUGGAGCACCGGGUCAUCUUCCGAGACAGCUACUAUGACACCCCUGAGCUGAGCCUCAUGCAGGCAGACCACUGGCUACGACAGAGAGAGGGUAGUGGAUGGGAACUCAAGUGUCCUGGGGCAGCGGAUGUCUCAGGACCCCACACUGAGUAUGUGGAACUCACAGCUGAGCCUGCGGUUGUGGCCCGGCUCUGUGAGGUGCUGGGGGCUGAGAUCCUGGGGGCUGGACAUGUGGCUGCUGUGCUGGGCCCACUGGGGCUGCAGGAAGUAGCUAGUUUUGUGACUAAGCGUAGUGCCUGGAAGCUGGUGCUGUCCGGAGCUGAUGAAGAAGAGCCAUCGCUCCGGGUGGACCUGGAUACAGCCGACUUUGGCUACGCUGUGGGUGAGGUAGAGGCCCUGGUGCACGAGGAGGCUGAAGUCCCAGCUGCCCUAGAGAAGAUCCACAGCCUCAGCAGCAUGCUCGGUGUGCCAGCGCAGGAGUCGGCACCUUCCAAGCUGAUCGUGUACCUACAGCACUUCCGGCCUCAGGACUAUCAGCGCCUGCUCAAAGCCAACAGCUCCGGAGACAAGCCACCUGGGACUACAGAUCCUGACAGUAGCCUGGGCUAGGGUGUCACCUCCUUGAUGGGGCAGAGAGCUUGGGGCCUACCAGGCUCAUUCCUGGGCUGUGCCGCUUCCCUUCCCACAGUGACUCCCCUCUCCAGCUCUGCCUGUUCCAUCCCCCUACCCUCAGCUCUCCUUCCUUCUGGAGCUCUCCUGCUGCCUCCUCUCCCUCAUCCGUCACAUGCAAUCUGUGGGCCGCCCCUCUCCCCUGGCCGCUAAGCAGCCUCCAUUGAUUUCCGCUCCUGUUUAUAGGAUUUCCACUUAGCUGUGAUCAGUAGUUAAGCACAGGAAAAUCCCUUGCCACCCCCCCCUCCCUUGGUCGAUGCCAUUGAUUCUGCCAGCGGCUCCUAAACCGCCUUACAGCUGAGUUAGAGAUGAAGGAAGGCAGCAGGGAUUUCCCUGCCUUGGGGGGUGGAGAAGAGCAGCAAGUUGGGGAAGUGGGUGGGAAUCCCUGUUAGAAAUCUACAAAUUCUGGGUUGAUUUUACCACGGUGCCCUGCUCUGGCUCAGAGGGCAGAGUGCCUCCUGUGGAGUUUAGGGGCACAUGU